GUACAAUUUGUUAUUAGCUGUUAUGGUAUCGGUUUGUGGAACGUUUCGUGUAAUGUCUCAUUAAUUACAAACAUUAAUAAAUAAAUGCAGAUAAGUGUGUUUAACAAGAGAUCAUCAACUUGCGGUUUACACCCAAGUUUAUACGAUACUUGCAGUUCCAAUUGGAAACAGUUACUAUAAUGGGGCCUGAUGUGUCUGAAAUGUCUGGUCUGGAGAGUGAAUAUGUGCAGACCCAGUGCGUUAUGGCAGAUGGAGGCGACAGGUAUGGGGUAUGUGCAUUGGCCUUUGAUCAGAGCGAAGAGCUAUUAUGGAUGGGCAAUCAAGGAGGACAUGUUACUUCUUACUAUACGGGGCAUAUGCAAAAGUACACUUCAUUUCAAGUGCAUCAGAAUCAAGAUAUUAGGCAGAUAUUAACAAUGGAUGAGGGAAUCUUAGCAUUAACUGCUACUUCACUGAGGUGUCAGAUUCGAAGGGGCAUUCCAGUGUUCACGCACACAUCUGCUCAUAUGACAGAGAUGCAAUGCAUGCUGCAAUUAUCGCCGCAUCGACUGCUCCUCGGGGGCCAUAAAGAUAAAUUAAUUGAUUUCAAUAUGGCUGUGUGCAAAGAAACUAAACGGGCUGACGUUGGAGAUGCUGGUUGCGUUAUGUUAAGAGGUCACUCGAGAUUUGUUUGUGCUGGUAAUCCUUUGGGAAGGAUAGAUUUAAGAGACCCCAACAGUUUGAAGGUCGAACAUACUCUGGAAACGCACAGUGGUAGUUUGAGUGAUUUUGAUAUUCAAGGCAAUUUGUUGGUUACUUGUGGAUUUAGUAGUAGGCAAGGUGGUAAUUUGUCUGUGGACAGAUUUUUGAUGGUUUACGAUUUGAGAAUGAUGAGGGCUGUGAGUCCAAUACAGACAGUUGUUGAUCCUUUGUAUUUGAGAUUUUUACCAUCAGUGUCUUCAAGGUUGGCUGUUGUAACAGCUUUGGGCCAGGCACAACUGGUGGAUACUGUAGCUUUAUCCAAUCCUAAACUCUCGUUAUUGCAAAUGGAAAAUCCAGGAACGAUGUGUUUGGCGUUCGAUAUAAGCUCGUCGAAUCAGGCUAUGUGCUUCGGCGAUAACGCCGGUUCAAUGCACCUGUUCUCCUCGCGCGAAGAUGUAAUAUUCAACAGCUACUCGAGGAUGACUGAACAUGCAGAUACUGUAGCGUCGUACCCGAAUUUCGGGAUCGACGAUUACGAUACUCCAUUGUCCGUCAUCCCGAUGCCGUUAAUAUCUACAGAAGUUCUGGCUUCGGAUUGGCCCGCUCAUUUGAUGGCGAACACCUACAGGAGGGCGCCGGCAAUAGAUCCAGAGAUUCUCAGAACAAUGAAGAUGCAGGGUCCCAUCGGCUACGCACCAAACCCGAAGGCCUCGAGGCGCAAUCAAGUGAUGUACAAUCUGGAGAGUAACGGCGUUCGGUCGCAGUCCAAGCAGUAUUCGGAGAGCAGGAACUUCAAGCAACCCGUCGAGGAGAGCGCCGGAUUUGUUGCCAUUCCUAAGAGAUACCGCAAGGUCGAAGUGAAGUACAACAAGCUGGGAGUCGAAGACUUUCAGUUCGAUCAGUACAACAAGUCGGGUUUUCCAGGCUUGGAGGCGAUGCUCCCGAACGCAUACUGCAAUGCGAUGAUACAAGUUUUGUAUUACACAGAGCCUCUGAGGGCGACGCUGUUGUCGCAUCUGUGCGAAAAGGAGUUCUGUUUGUCCUGCGAGCUCGGCUUCCUCUUUCACAUGCUAUCGACGUGCCAGAAUACGCCUUGUCAGCCUGGCAACUUCCUGCGUGCCUUCCGCACCGUUCCAGAAGCUUCCGCGCUCGGCCUCAUCCUCAGCGAUUUACAUCCAGAAGCCAAGAUGAAGGUCGACUUGGGCGCUCUAAUUCAGAGCUGGAACAGGUUUAUACUACAUCAAAUGCACGUGGAAAUUUUGGAGAUCAAAAAGAAACGCGAGGAAGGGAAGAUUAAUAGAAAACCGUUUGUGUACAAAGAGACUGAUUUUCCAGCAAUAUUAGGAGGUAGUGAUAGAAAAAAGAAUUUCAGUUCUUCAGAUGUGAACCUUUCGAAAUUGGAAGACGAGAAGCGCGAGGAGAUUACCGAGAUUAGCCAAUUGCUAGGAACGAAGCAGCUGCAUAUAAAUAGCUGUUUGAAGUGCAACCAUGAAGUGAGGAAAGAAUCUAUUUUGUUGGCCUGUAAUCUGGUGUAUCCCACUAACGAACCUGAAAGAGACGAGUGGUCAUUUUGUGAUAUCCUUAAAAGGUCCUUAACUCCAGAACAGGUUACGCCGGCAUGGUGUGACGAGUGCUCUAAAUUCACGCCGACGUCUCAAGCUAGGGUACUUCAAUCUCUACCGAAACUGUUGGCAAUUAAUACAGGACUGCACAAUCCGCAGCACAAAUUGUUUUGGCAAAGCCAAAUGGAUAAGAUUGUCGCUAAGGCAGCAACAACUGGUUUGGAUACUACUCCUACGAGAUCAUCGACGCCAACAUCUUCUAUAAGUUCAUCGAAACCUUGUAGGUACGGGGAUAAUUGUUCGAGACCCGGUUGCAGAUUUAGGCAUAGCUUCGAUGUCGCUCCUCAGCAAUCAACAAGUAGCAAUCCGUACUGCAGUAACAAUUGGCUGCCGCACAGGUUGCGUAUGAUUCUGAAAAACGAUCAUUUAAGUAUACGUAAAUUAGAAUUGGACUCUGAUGAACCGAACGAAGACGAUGGAGAGAGCAUGGAGUACAAUCUAACCGGCGUUGUUUGCUACAUAACGGAGCCGUCGACGCAGGAGAGAAAGAAUUUGGUUGCUCUGAUCAAAGUUCCGGGGAGUUACAUGCAGGAUGGCAACAACGAACCGGCAUGGUACCUUUUCAACGAUUUCAGUAUAAGUUGCGUGCCCGCUCACGAGGCCACCUGGUUCAGUUUGGAUUGGAAGACACCGUGCGUUCUGUACUACUCCACUGAUGAGGUGACAAACGCCUCGACGAACAUAUUCCAAUCGCUGAACAAGGACAUUUUCACGCAAGUAAACAGCAUUGCGAGAGGCGGUGGUUCCGCUGGAAUUACUUUCACACCGUUGGCGGAACACGAGAUGCCGAUGCCCGGUGAUCUGGUGGCGAUGGACGCGGAAUUCGUCACCUUAAACCAGGAGGAAGCGGAGCUCAGGAGCGACGGAAAGAUGUCGACGAUAAAGCCGUCUCAAAUGUCGGUGGCUAGAAUUACCUGCAUUCGCGGUCAAGGUCCACUCGAAGGCAUUCCGUUCAUCGACGACUACAUCUCCACGCAAGAACAGGUCGUCGAUUAUCUGACCAAGUUCUCGGGGAUUAAACCAGGCGAUCUGGAUGCAAACUUCAGCUCGAAACACUUGACCACUCUGAAAUCCACGUACAUUAAGCUCCGGUUUUUACAGGACAGUGGCGUGACUUUCGUUGGACACGGUCUUAAAAAUGAUUUCAGAGUGAUCAAUUUGGUUGUACCACCGGAGCAGGUCGUGGACACUGUUUUCUUGUUCCAUCUGCCGCAUCAUCGAAUGGUCUCCUUAAGGUUCUUAGCCUGGCAUUUCCUAGGUUUGAAGAUCCAAUCGGAGACGCACGAUUCGACAGAGGACGCUCGUGCCGCGUUGCAGCUAUACCGAAGGUACAAAGAGUUGGAGCAGGAGAACAAGAUCGGCGACGCUCUUUCUGAGCUCUAUGAGACCGGUAAAAUCCUAAACUGGAAGGUGCCCGAAGACGAGUCCCAUCAAUAAUCAUAAAAACCAACACGAAAUAAGAGCCGACUCAUAAGCACUCCACGUUUUGUCAUUGCAUUUAAUUAUUAUUAGUGAACAUGUAUUGUUUUAUUUAUUCUAUUCAGAUGGGAAUAUGCAAAUACCUUUUUUCAUGCUCAAGGCAGAUCUCAAACGAAAUAGUUUUCAUUGUUUCAUUAUGUUUUUUUUUUUCAACAAAUUUUUCAGAAUUUUUAGAACGGAAUAUGAAGAACGAAGGGAAAUAGGAAAAGUGAGAAAUCGAUAUGUGAAUGUAUUUUUCUGUGAUAUUUUCUGUUUCGCUUUUUGUCUGUUCGUAAACGAUUUUUUUUUUUUUGGAAACUCUUGUUGCCGGACGAGACAACAGCUUACGAACGUAUCAUUUCUUUGUAUUUUUUUUGGUUGAAGUUACAUUUUUUUCUCCGGACAUUUGUCUCGUUAUACCCACAUGUCGUCAUUCCAAAGACAUUUCAGCGUCUCGUUUGUACAUAAGAAAAUAUAUAUGUAAAGAAAUGAAGCAAAAGAAAUGUGAAGUAUAUUAAGAGAGAGAAACGAAGUGAUUGUUGAAAAUUGUAUUUUGCUAUUUUUUUCGAAAGAUGGAACAAACAAGAGAAGAUUUAAUGAAAAUAAGAUUUUAUAAGAACUU